AUGCAACAAACUUCGUUGGGGCUAAUCGAAAAGCUCAGCGAAAUACAACGAUUGUGGGCUUCACUUCCUAAGAACGAAGCCGUUGCUCAUCAUUUAACUCAAGCAUCAAUAGAAUGGCACUUUAUACCUCCAGCAUCUCCUCAUUUCGGAGGAAUUUGGGAGGCCGCAAUUAAAUCAACCAAAUAUCACUGUAAAAGAGUAAUAGGUGAAACGCUACUUACUUUCGAAGAAUUGACAACUCUAUUGGCUCAGAUAGAAGCCAUUUUAAAUUCUCGUCCGUUAUGUAGUGUAAACAAUACUGACAUUGAUUGCAUUAAUAUUCUCACUCCUUCACAUUUUCUUACAGGAGACGUGAUCCUAUCCCCUCCUGAACUACCUCUUACUAGUCCUGCUAAUAUACGGAAUAGGUGGGAUCUCCUUCAAAAGAUGCGCAAGGACUUCUGCAAAUCAUGGACCAAAGCAUAUCUAUCUUCUCUUCAAACCAGAAAGAAAUGGAAGGACACUCAGCCGAAUAUGAAAAUUGGAGACAUCGUCCUGUUACUAGAUGAUGGUCAUCUUCCAGGUUCUUGGCCACUAGGACAUGUGGUCGAACCUCAUCAUAGUGCUGACGGACUGGUUCGUGUGGCCACGGUUAAGACUAGAACUAGACUAUUUUUAAAAGAAACAUCCAUAAAUUAG